GCUCACAUGAUUGUGCUGUGACUGUCUUCUGAGGCUAUGGGCGUGUGAAUGUGUGUGUUUUCUUUUUAAACUGAUGAGAGCGCAGGCGUCUCACUGUUCUCAUUGUCCUUCGUGUGCGCCUGAUCCGGAGGACCAGUACUUGGGCCGAAUUCCUCUACCCUGACGGGCUCGGGCCACUGAUCAGGAGGACAAACUUACUGGAUGUGGAGCGUCAUCCUGAGAAAGAGGACGCUGAAAAUUAGGCUUUGAAUGAGGUCCUCUUUCUAAGGAAUCUGCUCUGAGCAGCAACAGUGACAGCAGGACCAUUGGAGUUAAAGAAAACCAGCUGUGUUCAUACUUUUCAGACAAGAUUGACCACUUGACUCCACUUCAUUACUGCUUGAAGAACCGAGGAAGUUGUCCCCGCCAUUCCAAGAACUGAGACACAGCUCCUGUCUGGACUAUCUGCCCUUGUGAACACCUAUUACCGAUUGACUCUGUUCGUAACAGAUGGGUUCAGCCUUUAAGAGGUUCAUGCAGUUCUGCUGCUGCUGCUGUGUUGGAGACGAAGAUGAUGAAGAUGAGAAGCAGCCUUUAGUACCUCAGGAUCCGUUGGAGUACUUUAACCGUGAAGUCCAGAAGCGUCGCGAUGAGGAGACCAACCUGUGGAGUACGCCAGGAGACCCGAGCCACUCGGAGAGGGAGGACGACCGAGUCCUUUACAGCCUGCUGCAGGCCAGGAACAAGACCCGCAUGGGAUCCACGGGCUAUCGCCGUCUGAGUGUCGACAUUGAGGCCAUGAGAGACACACGUCGAGAAGUCAGAGACAAAUGGCAGACAAUCCUGGAGAACUUAGGUUUUAUGGCGGAGGCAGAGUCGCUGCUGACAGUGUCUGCGGGAGCCUCACAUGACCGCAUGCGUAAUGCCCCAGCAGCACGUGCCAUGCUCAAUAUGCUCCACAGUGAGACUUCCAUCUUCUCCACCAAGGAACCACCACCGGAAAGAUAUCUAUUCAUCCUGGAUCGUCUCCUGUACCUUGAUAUCGCUGAUGAUUUUGUGGCGAAGGCAAAGCGCUUCUAUCCUCCAAAGGAUGACUCUGAUGAGGAACCAACAGGCCUUUCCAUAAACCUGCCGCUGCUGCUGGCCAGGGUAGAGGCCAGCAUGAACGGAAAAGGCAAUGAAGAUGAUGACGAGGACGAGAGCGAGAUAGAAGAUGGAAACUUGAGUGACAGAUCCUAAGAUCGACUAGCUGCAAUAAUAAUAGACACAAGGCAGGGGGCAGUAGUCAUCAACCCUGGAGACCUGGAUGACAGCGUCGCAGUGCUCUUACCUUUAAGUGUCUGUUGUCUCUUACAGUGUUGCUGUUGCUUCCUGGGCGUUUUAAGCUGAAAAAUUUCUCUUUUCUUUUUCUUCAUUCUUAUUCUGUUUUUCUGUGGUCAGACUUAAAGGGGGUUUAGCAGAUUUACAGGUGAAUGUUAUAGAGGUGUUAACUGUUUGUUAACUGUGCAAGUCUAAUUUUUCCUUGUCUCCCAUAACAUUUCAUCAAGUUCUUGUUCAACCCUGUUCAUUGUUCAGCUGUUGUGAACCUUGAGGGUAGUGAUGUUCCUUUGAGCAGAGCCUCUUUAUAUUUUGUCCUAUGAUUAUCAGCCCUCAUUUUAUUCAAUCACAUGAUCGUACCAACGCUGAAGAAAAAAAAUGCAGAGUGUGUGUUUGUGUAAUUGAUACUUUUAACUCAUUCAACUUUUCAUUUGGCUUUAAAAUGUUUUGGAAAGUAGCAGAUGGAAAUGUAGUUGGUACAGUAUGUUUGAACUUCUAAAUGGGUGGUGUGUGUGUGUGUGCGAGUGAGUGUGUGUGUAUGUGGUGUCUUUCAGGUGAUGCACAAGGGUGUGUUUUCACUCACGGACUUUAUUGAAAAUGUGAAAGGUUUCUCAACUAAUGGCAAGUUAUAUGUGUGUGUGUGUGUUCUGGUGUCCAGUUUGUGAUGAAAUAAAGCUGCAGCCUGAUGAU